AUGAACGGCAUUGACAUGGUCGUGGAGGGGCCAUGGGGGGCCGUGCGGGGCGGUGGGAAGAAUGUCCAGGAAGAGGGCAAGGCCUGUGCCAAGGCCCUGAGGCAGGAAUGGACUGGGGCCUUCAUUCCAGAGGAUGUCGUUGUCACAGCUUCAGGGCUCAUGGUGGUUAGUGACCUCAUCCAUGGGGCUGUCCGUGUACUCCCACACACUGUCCAUGACCCCAAGGACCUCUGGGUGAUGCUUCACACUGGGCCCACCUGGGAGCACCUGGCCCCAGCCUCAAUACUGGCUCUGCAGGGCACCUGCUGGAUGGGCCCAGGGCCUGACAGCCACAUGGUGAGCAAGGAGUUUGGGAACGUGCAGCUGUUUGGCAGCCCAGCAGGUGUGUGCUCUGACUCAGAGGGCAGCGUUGUUGUGGCAAAUCAACAGAGGCACCAGGUGACCCUGUUCUUCCAUGCUGGGCUACCCAUCUGCCUGGUUUCUGAGGGGCUGAGGUGGCCCCUGGGUGUGGCCUGUGUGCCCCAGGAUCAGCUCGUGAUGGCGGAUGCCAAGGACAGCUACCUCAAGGUGUACGGGUACCUAGAGGAGCUGGCCUGA